AUGCCUCAAUCUGCUCAGCUAACCCCCGAGGAGCUCGUGGAAGUUGCUCAGAAAAUAUCAGAGCUCCUGGGUGGGAAAGUCAAGUUUGCAGUUAUUGGUGGCGCCGCGUGCUCACUUGUUCGAGUGGCUUCGGACGCUGAAUAUCGUGGUACUUCAGACCUAGACCUUGUCAUUCAGCCAAACAAAUCCUAUAACGCCGAGGUCAUCUCAAACUGGCUGGUCCAAAAACACCCAAAGAUCAUCCGAUCUGUUGAGCAGUUUGGAGUGAGGAUUCCUGCGAUCCCUAUCUAUCGUGGGAAAGACGAAUACCUCGUGGAGAUCGAGAUUUUCGACGUCGAAGCCUGGCCAAACAGGCAACAGUACAACAUUGCAGACACAGCUUCAAAUCCAAUGACAACACUUACUUUCUCACCCGACCAGUAUUCAGGAUCAAGCGGAGAUUGGAAGAUUCCUGUCAUGCACCCAGUGUGGCUUUUACGAGAAAAGAUACUGUCUCAGUAUGAGCGUGAGGGAUCUGUGAAGGAAAGAACCGAUAUUUCAGAUCUUCAGAUCAUGUUGCAAGUCGUCGAUCCGAAAUCCCUGGUGUUAUCUGCACACAAUCAUGUCACAGCUUUGCAAAAUUUAAUGGCGAAAAGACCGGAUUUGAUCAACAAGUUGAGAAGAGCCAUUGUAUGCUACCCGGUUUUUGGGGACUAA